UGAACUCCAAUUACUUAAUUAGCAAUGGCAAAGAAGGGGAAAGGGAAAGUGGAACCAUCUCCACCUCCCGUCGAUACGAAAAAGGGAAAGAAAAAAGGGAAGCAGGAAGAACCUUCUCAAGAAGAUGAAACCAAAAAACCUCAAAGAGGAAUGGUUAUUGGUGAAAAUUUUGGUUGGACAGGGAAGUUGCCUGCCACUUUACUUUUUGAAUACGCCCAGAAGCAGAAAUGGGAGAAAGUAGUCGUAGACAUGAGGAAGAAGGGUAAAGGAUUUGUUGGAGUUAUCAAUUUAAGUUGGAAAAAUCCAAAGACACAGGAGAUGAUCCGAGUGCAAAUGAUUCCAGAUCAAGAUUUGUACCAACCCAAGGAAACAACAAACGAGGCAAGACAUUAUGCUGCAACGUAUGCACUCCACAGGAUUAACUUUGCCAAGAAUAUGAAGACUGUUCUUCCAGUAGUUUUCAGAGAUUAUUGGAGUGAUCUUGAAGCUAAAAGGUCGUCAAUAUUAAAAGAAAGCAAAGAAAAGCAUGAUUAUUACUACAACUCUCAACCAUUCCAAGUAUUUCUUGAAAAGCGUGAACGUGAUCUUAAGAAGGAGAAGGAAAGAGAAAUAAGAGCACAGAAUGAAGAAAAAGUCCGCAAACCUACUAUAAAUAUCACCACAAUUAAUAGCAAAAAGCCAAGCACCAGUAGUACCAACUCCAAGAUUACCAAGCCACUGAAACCAUCUACUACUUCAUUUAAGAUAAUGAAAAAAAUCCCCAGUUUCCCCAAUAAAGUUUGGCAGAAUGCCCCAUUUUUUGAUUUCACUUCUGAGGUAAGAACUAAAAUUGAAGCAUCAAUUAGAAAUCAUCUCAAUUGGACAAUUGCAAGUUCAAAUACAAUUGUAACACAAUCUUCUUCAGAGGAUUAUCUCAGAGCAUUAACUAACCUUGGGUUUCGUGAGAUACACAUUAAAGAAUCUUUCAAGUAUACUUCAACCUUCACGGAUGCAUUAGAAUGGUUAUUGUUCCAUAUUCCAGAAGAUGACUUACCACCAUACUUCAUGAAAAGUGACAAGGACUCUGGUGUUUCCUUGAAGAUUUCUAAAGAUAUUAAGAUGGAGAAUCUUUUGAAAAGAGUUGCGCAAUCUGGGGCUGAUGAAGAUGAGUUAUUAACAGCCUUACAAGAUUGUGACUUUGAUGAAAUCAAGACCAGUGUUAAGUUAACUCACGAUGUAGUGAAUUAUGUCCAACCGACAGAAGAAAAUACGUUUGAAACCGAUGAAGAAUGCUUGGAACUUUGGAAACAGGAAUUAGAAGGGAUUGAAAUGCUAAAUGCAGACAAUACCGUUGAAUUUUUCGAAGGAUCGUCAGGAAACAUUGCAACAAUUUCUCUUGCUCCUCAUACAUUACAAAAGGGAUUAUUGAGUGUCAAAGUAUUUAGAAGCGAAAAUUACCCAAAUAAUAUCCCUGGAAUUCAAAUCGUGGUGAAUAACACUUCUUUUAGAAUGGCCAAUUACAUCAAGUUAUCCAUUUUACGUCAACUUUUGCAUCACAUUAUUGAGUCUGGAUAUGUAGGUAGUUGUUACAUUUUCUCAAUUAUUGAAUGGUUAGAAGAGAAUAUAUCAAAGAUCAUCAAUAACCCAGGACCUCUUUUCAUCGAGGAGAACUAUAAUGGAGAAGGUAGAUCUGUGGAAGAAGUGGAAUCUCAAAAAAAAUUGAAAAAUUCUAAAUCAAGAACUCAUCAAAAGUUGAAUCUUUCUCCCUCAGAUAUUGAACGUUUACGAUCUGAAUAUGCUAAGAAGCAACAGUCAAGAGAGAUGAUUUCCUCUAUUAAUAGAAGAAAACAAUUACCUGCUUGGAAAAAGGCGGAACAGUUAGUGUCUAUCAUCAACUCUAAUAAGGUUACAAUCGUAACGGGGGAAACUGGUUCAGGGAAAUCUACCCAAAUCGUACAGUUUAUUUUGGACGAUUUAAAUUCUCGAGGUAAUUUUAGUGGUAAAAUUAUGUGUACCCAACCUAGGCGUAUUUCUACUAUUGGUUUAGCCGAAAGAAUUUCUGAAGAGCGUUGCGACUCAUUGGGUAAGGAGACUGGUUAUUUGAUCAGAGGUGAAAAUAAGACUAGCGCGAACACGCGUAUUUCCUUUGUUACUACUGGUGUACUUUUAAGAAUGAUACAAGGUGUUUUGUCGACCAAGAAAGGAGAUCAAAAGAACAAUAUAUUUGAUAACUUGGAAUAUAUUUUCAUUGAUGAAGUACAUGAAAGAUCAGUCGAUAGUGACUUUUUACUUAUCAUUUUACGUAACAUUAUGCAAGGAUUCCCCAAACUUAAAGUUAUCCUUAUGUCGGCUACCAUUGAUAUCAACACUUUCAAGAAUUUUUUCAAAACUCCUUUGAAUCACAUACAUAUCGAAGGUAGAACUUUCCCGAUCGAAGACUACUAUUUAGAUACCGUAUUGGAAGAAUUAGACUACACCAUUGAAACUUAUGAUGGUGAGAAAUUGAAACCAAAAGCUGACUCCCAAUUCUUUAAGAGUGGAAAUAUUAACUACGAACUUAUUGCACAAUUGUGUGGCCAUGUCGAUAGGAAACUUUCUAACGAAUCCAAUGAUGGAUCCAUUUUAAUUUUCUUACCAGGUAUUAUGGAAAUCAAUAAGUGCAUUAGAGCUAUUGAAAAGCAAAAUGGCUCUAAAUUCUGGUGUUUACCAUUGCAUUCCGCAUUGUCGUCUGCUGAUCAGAAACGAGUUUUCAAGAACCCACCUGCUGGAUCCAGGAAGAUUGUAGUAUCCACUAAUGUUGCCGAAACUUCCAUCACAAUUCCAGAUUGUGUGGUGGUUAUCGAUUCAGGAAGAUCUAAAUCGAUGUUUUUCGAUUCUAAUAUCAAUUCAACUAAAUUGAUCGAGAACUGGUGUUCGAAGGCAGAAAUUGGCCAAAGAAGAGGUAGAUCUGGUCGUAUUACAAAUGGUAAUUGUUAUCAUAUGUACUCUAGAGAUACUGUUGCAGAAAUGUUAGACCAACCUAUUCCCGAAAUUAAACGUACACGUUUGGAAAAUUUAUUCUUGGUCGUUAAAUCUAUGGGGAUUGACAAAGUGGAAGCCUUUUUAAACAGUGGAUUAGAUCCUCCUGAUCAAUCAUCAUUGGCCAAGUCAAAACAAUUCUUAAUAGAUAUUGGUGCAUUGGAAGAAAGCGAAGCUGUUUCUAAUUUAGGUAGAUACUUGUCUUUACUUCCAACAGAUUUACAAUCAGGAAAAUUAUUAAUUUUGGGUUGUAUAUUUGGAUGUUUAGAGACAUGCUUAACUAUAGCUGCCAUUAGCACUACUGGAAGUCCUUUCAGAGGCAGUUUUGAAGAACGUGAUAAGAUCAAACAAAUACAAAGCUCUUUUGCAAAUAAUCAAGGUGACGUGAUCGCUAUGGUUAGAGCUUUCGAUGCUUACACCAAGGUGAAGUCAGAGUCGGGUCAAGCACAACAAAAGAAGUUUUUGAAUGAUAACUACUUGUCAUUUCUCACAUUGAAGGAAAUUGCCACCACAAAGAAUCAAUACGUUUCUAUCUUGCAAGAUAUCGGUUUUGUACCUCUCAAAUACAGAGCAGAUGAUCUUAAGUUGAAUAAGAACAAUGAAAAUUAUUCUAUUAUUCGUGCAAUUAUUACUGGGUCGUUCUAUCCGCAAUUGGCAAGAGUUCAACUUCCAAACCCAAAGUUUUUGAAGUCAUCUGUAGGUUCGGUGGCAGUUGACCCAGAUGCAAAGGAAACUAAAUUCUGGAUUAGAAAUGAAACCUAUGUAAAUAAUUUGAAUAAUGACGUUGAAGACCCUGAUGUUUUGCCCGCUUCACGAGCUUUUAUCCAUCCAUCUUCGGUUUUAUUUUCUAAUUCAAAUGCGUCUCUCGAUAGCAUCCCCAAUAUUGAAGAAUUCACAAAUGAGGACGGAACAAUUGACUUUGCCAAAGCUCAGCAGGUUUAUAAGGUGGAUUUCACUCCUUCAGCACCCGGCUCCAGUAACAGUAUGAUUAAAUCAUCCUUUGUGAUGUAUAAUGCCUCUCAUCAUACUAGCAAACUAUACUUGAGAGAUAUUACAUCGACCAGUACCCUUGCAGUCUUAUUAUUUGGAGGACAGAUUGCUUACGAUCUCAGCAGUGGGCUUUCAUCAGGAAAGACAUCCCCUGGUAUUGUUUUAGACAGUGUUUGGCCAAUUAGAACUUGGUGCAAAAAUGGAGUUUUACUAAAGAGACUUCGUCAUUUACUUGAUGGGGUUAUAGAGGAGAGGCUUUCGAGUCCAUAUUACGUAGACGGCGAAAAGAAGAGGUCUUCUGAUGACAUUUUGUCAAUCGUCGAGAAGAUUUUGCAUUUAUAGAUAAUAGAGAACUGUAAAUAUACAUAAUAGAGAACUGUGAAUACUCUGCGACGUACGAAUACCCCCCACGGAAUGGCCACAAUUUUUUCCGAAACUGUCGGUAGUUACUUUAUUUGGACUGUGAUUAAAUCAGUCACAUUUCUUUUCCGUCGAUUCCAUAUAUAUAAUAUAUGGGCCAAUAUAUAAAGGAUCAGGAGACUAUG